UUAGAUCAAUUCCAGGCGAAGUGUUCCGCAGGAUGCGUGAAAAAUUCACAAUGAGCGCAACUCCGACAAGAAUCGAGUAUUAUUGGACUCAAUUGAGAGGAACUCUGUCAAAAGCAUUUUCUGCAUUUACAUGGAAUCGAAUUCGAGAUUUUAUGCGUCCAAAGCCCUUCUCACAAGAACCACCAAGGUAUAUUGUGCAGAAGGAAAGGAAAACUGAUGAGAGACAUGUUCAACAACGGAUAAAGAAGGAGACGGCACGGAAAAGAGGGAGACGGGACGGGCGGAAACGCCACGCCAUGGACGGAAGAGCAAAUACACCUCAAAUGCGCCAAGAAUGACGAGCGUAACAUGAG